AUGUCUACACUUCCUCCUGAUCCGUACAAGGCCUUGGGUGUUUCCCCUGAUGCCCAGCUCCCCGAGAUCCGAUCUGCCCACCGAAAGCUUGUCCUCAAAUGCCAUCCCGACAAGGUCCAGGACCCGACUCUGAAGGCUCAGAAGCAGGACGAGUUCCAACAAGUCCAACAAGCCUACGAACUCCUCAGCGAUGAAAAGCAGCGACAGAAAUACGAUGAUCAGGUCCGCCUUCAAGAACUCCGCGAGCAGAUGCGGGCCAAGGUGGCGAGCUCAUCAUCAAGUCGCUCCGCCCCCUCGUUCAAGUACGAAAUCCGUACCAACGACCGCACGUACAAGACGACUUCGCCUAGCGCCAAGGUCUUCUCCUACUCGCGCUCCUACGAAGAUACUGAUCUUCGCGGUGCCGAUAUCUUCGAGGGUGUUCGCACCGUGAGAAGGGAGGCGUCGUAUCAAGGCAAGCCCUCGAGGCGUGAAGAGAGGGAACGAGACCGUGAUCGCGAGAUCCGGGAACGAGAGAAGGAGCGUGAGCGCGAACGUGAACGAAGAAAGAAGGCCGAAGACGCCGUCCGACGUGCUGAAAAGGAAGCUAAGGAGGCUCGACGCGCCGAGAAGAAGCAGAAGGAGAAGGAGAAGGACAAGGAGCGCAAGCGGGAGUCCGAGGAGAAGAAGCGUCACGCGAAGCCAUAUAUCGAGACGUACGACGACGAGGAGCCUGCUCCCAAGUCGGAGAAGAAGAAGUCGAGCAAGAAGCACGACCGCGAUCGCUCCGCCCAUCGGGAAGAGGCGCCCCCUGCGACAGAUUCAGUGCCACCCCCGCCUAUGCCCUCCAUACCGACGGAACAAUCGUAUGAGGAUAAGGAAUCCGAGGCUCUGAAAUAUAUCAACGCCUCGCGACAACAAAAAAAGAACCCAUAUGCUCGCCAUAUGCAGCCUCCAGCAGCUCCCACUCCCCCCCCUGUCGGGUCACCAUUUACUGCUCCGGCCACUCCGGAUGAUGAUGUGCGCCGGUCAUCAGCGAAGCCCCGACGUGGAUCCUCAGGCGAGAAGGCCUACAAGAAGAAGCCCUCGAAAGAGGUUCUCGAUGACCCCAUCGAGGUCGACGUCUCUCCCUCGGGUCGCCCGCAUGUGCAAAAGUCGGCCACCAGCACUGGCAUUUUGUCAGGCUCCCCUCCCCGACGGACCAGCACCAUGCCCAGCGAUGCAUAUGGCGGUCGCCCGGUCCCCAACUUGCCACGAGCUCAGACAUAUAGCGGAUAUCCCGACGUGGAUUCCCGUGGUCGAAAUCGCUCCAAGAUGCACGCUCAGAUUAUUGAGAGUGACUCCGAGGACGAGUAUGAGCGCCGUCGAAAAGAGCGCAAGCACCGCAGCAAGAAGCAUCGGUCCCCUGAACCCCGUGGGGAGCAUGUGACGCAGUAUCGAGUUGAUACUAGCGGUCGGACGAGACUACAAAACUCGUUCUCGCGCUCUGCGGACCCUGAGGCGGAUGCUUAUGGGGGAUAUUAUUCCCAUUAUGGGGAGCGCCCUUCGCUAUCUCGCGAUGCUAGUUACUCGCAGUCGCCCGGCUACGCUCAGUACGACAAGUACAAGACGUCCAAGGCUUACGACUAUGGCGACGUGCAGUACAGCACAUACCCAACCUACCGCGAGGAGUAUGCUCACCCGACGCCGGCGUGA